AUGCCCUCACCCACUUCCGCUUCCAACGCUCUAACCAAUACCGGCGAUAUUCCACUCAUCAACCUCUCUCCCGACGGAAACGUGAUCAUCACCAUCAACGUCAGCAACGAAGACGACCCCUCCUCUCAGUCUGAGUCGGACCAACCCCAUUCCCAACCUCUUAUCCGCCUACUCGUCAACGACACUAUCAUCCGUUCCGCAUCUGAGAAGUUCUCAGCCACGUUGUUGUCCCCUUUGGAACUUGAACGUCAGCACCAGAGCAAAUUACUCAGCCACCCAUCAGACGUAUGGCCCCAGCCUCCAACCCCGCCAAAGGAGGUCGUCCUCCCUAUCCCGGAUGACAACAUGGACCCCGACGCUUUAAGAACAAUCCUUUGCGUCUUGCAUCUUCGUAAUGACCUACUUAAUGAAGUUCCCAAGGCUAGAGAGUUACUGCACAUAGCGCUCCUUGCCGAUAGAUACGAC